AUGGACGACCUAAGCUGGGCCUGCUGUGGGAUUGGGUUUAAAGACAAUAAUUACGCAACAUGUACUAUGUGUAAGAUGUCAUAUCACCUAAAAUGUAUGUCGGGCUCGUCGCAAUUGAAUUUUGAUUCUUUAAAAGACCUGUCGUCGUGGGUUUGUCAGCAAUGCAAUAAACCUAAAAAGGGCAACAAUGAGGAAUUACCACUUACCAAUCUUUCUCAGAAGUUUACCCAAAGACCUCAGAAACGUGUCGCUGUUUCUUCUCCUCCUGACCCCACCUCUGUAGUUGCUAACAGUAGUGAGAUUGGUACAGUCGUCAGAGACCUACUUCAUAAGGACCUGGAGGCAUUAUUUUCAAGACAGGAAGAACGUAUGGCGAACUUGUUAGGCCGUGAAAUAACACCCUUGAAAGAUGAUAUUAAGGACCUGCAAGCUUCCCUAACUUAUAUAACCAAGCAAUAUGAGGAUUUAAACAGCAAGCAUGCUGCCACAAUCAGGGAACUGCACGACUUACGUGAAACAAACCAACAAUUACAUUCUCAGAAUCAGGAGCUUUGCGUAAAGAUUGAACAUUUGGAACAAUAUACACGGGGGCAUAACGUGGAAAUACAAUGUGUUCCUGAGAGAAAAGAAGAGAAUUUGCUUACAGUCAUAAAGCAAAUUAGUAAGACAGUAAACUUCAGUCUUAAGGAUGAACAUAUUUCCGAUUUUCACAGAGUGGCGAAGGUGAACACUGACAGCUCCCGUCCACGAUCUAUUAUAGUACAAUUCCAGUCGGCACGAUUGAGGGACAAUUUUCUUGGCACAGUGAUUCAAUAUAACAAAGCCAAUUCAGACAAUAAAUUAAAUACGUCCAACAUUGGAUUUAAAGGAGAAACCAACCCUAUAUACGUGUUAGAACACCUCUCUCCGGCAAACAAAAUCCUUCACGCCAAAGCAAGAACCAAAUCUAAGGAACUUGGAUUUAAAUUUGUCUGGGUUAGGGGUGGACGUGUUUAUAUGCGCAAAACUGAAUCGUCAAAAAUUAUUUUUAUAAAAAAUUUGCACACUCUUGAGAAGUUGGAGUAG